AUGGAUUGGUAUCCUUUUACGGAUGAAGAAAAAGAAGUUCUCCUGAACUCGUGGAAACAUCUCGAACCGCUCAAACAGUCGAUAGGGUGCGAUAUCUACGAAAUGAUCUUUAAUCAGUGCCCGGAAGUGCGGAAGUUGUUUCCAAAGAUGAAGUUUGUGCAUUCGAAGCCAGACAAGAAGAGUUGUGAGUUCGCAUUUCAAGCUCUUCGAUUUGUACAGGUCAUCGAAGGAGCCGUGAUGUCGCUUGAUAAU